GCACAAGCUUGUGAGAGGGUGACGAUGGAGCUUCUCCCUCGCUCCCCCGCCGCCUGCUACUUGUUAAAAGUAGCCCGCUUGCCUGCUACCUGCAUGUCCACCAAUGCACCAGCUUUCCUCCUUUCGCUCUUUGCUCCGCUGACCACCAAUUCCCUCCAAUCUGUUUAAAACCUGUCUGGCGAUCGCCCACCCAGCCAGCAAACUUCAUAAAGUCUUCGCCAUUUUCCGUUCCCUUAUUUUUUUUCUUUUUCAUCCAUUUACCUGACGACGUUUUUUCUAUCUCUCCCUCCUGUAUUUUCCACACGUAUUUCGGCACCAGCAUUACCUGUCUAAGGAUUCUUGAAUACAAGGGCAUCGUUUGCACCAGCUUUCUCUUAAUAGCCAUAUAAUGAAUGCUGAUGACACUAGGUUAGCGUCGGCAGGUCCGAACAGCGACGGCACAGUGCCCAUGCAGCGGCCAUUGACGGCGCGCACGCGUGGGCUGCUGAGCAAAAUGCUUCGCAAGUCGCCGUCGACGGUUAAGCACGCAAAGAACAAAUCCACAGUGGGCAUCUCGUCGAAGGACUUUUUUGCCCAGGAGGCCAUGGUCGGAGCACUGCUCUCACCGACAGAAGUUUAUGCGGGUCGGGAUACCCCACCACCGGUCCCAGAAAUCACCACAAACCAGUACCAUGCACUGAAAGCGGGAAUCAAAAGUGAGGACAACAGCCCCGAAACACAGUCGCCACCAUCUACUAUCGCCCAGCGGCCGAUGACCAUCUCUGCUGGCCAGCACCGCCAGCACCGCCAGCACCGCCAGCAGCAGUGCUCCUCGCUAACGCAUAUGUUGACAUCAGCAGCAUCAGCAGCAACAACAAAGGACAGCAACGCUAUUGAGUCUGAGCCACUGAUCAAGAGCAAGUCAAUAUCUGCGGGAUCAUCGCACGAAUACCAGCGUCGGCGUCCGGCCAUGCUCAGACUCGAUGGGGCAGCGGAUGGUACCCAGCAGCAGCCAUACGCAAAGCUGCAAUGGACUGAUGUUCCACCAAUGCCCCAGUCGGCACUCACGCCCAGGAUGGCUCGGGACGACGGCAAUGACAGUGACGAUGGCUCAUCGGCCCAGGCAACGACCGAAGGCAAACGGCGGAGCCCGCUCUGGCGGACAAAGCUGAGUUUCACAAACUCGCGCCGCCCCGAUUCGCGCCGCCAGCGGCACCAGUCAUUUGACGAGCGGUCUGUUGAUAUCACAGUCCAUCCGCAGCUCUACCCGCAGUCGCCGCUUGUUUCGGUACCCACGGCGCCAGCAACCAGCCACGGGCGCUCGGCUGGCCAUGGACCGCCAGGCAAGUCUCUUGGCAGCCUGCUGGCUGGCCUUGACGAGGACACGUGUGGCGAUGCGUCGCCAGGCAUAAUGCAGGGCGAUAUGCUGGAGCGCGACGACAGCGUCGGCGAUUUGGGCAAUCUCGACAUGGACUUUUUGCUGACCAUCCAGCGCAACACGGCUCUGGAGGCCCGCCGCCAGCGCCGCCGUGAUGCACGCCGGAACACUAUGUCGUUUACUGGCGGUGCCCGUGCGGCUGCUGCCCGCGCUCUAGCCGAGGAACUUGAUUUGGACGGCAUUCCCAGUAGUCAAGCAGAUAUGUCCGGGGGUGCGGGAUUCGCGCCUGCACAGCGCAAUAUCUGCAGCGACGACGAGAGUGUUGUAGGUGAUGCUGAGCUGGCCACAGCGGUCCACAUACAGCAGCACAUGCCGAAGGGGAUUGCCAGUGGCCAUGCAUCAUUCGAGACCGCAUUUGACGAAGCGCACGCCGAUCCUUCCAGCUCUACGCUGAUGGCCGACGGCUAUAGAAACGCGCAUCACGGCACCCCCAAUUCUAGCGGCAUUACCGGUUCAGCCUGCAGACGCAAUAGUAAGAUGGCCGAUGAUGCAAGACCGUCGACUGCCACGAGGCGGUCCAGGGCCGCAGAAACACAUGCUGCCCACUCCAUCGAGACCGCGUCACGGCCCCUUGCAUCGCGCCUAAGCUCGCUCCUGGCGCCCCCGGGCGCACCUGCUUCACAGAGCUCCUCCGGCUCACCCACAUGCAGCGUGCUGAAAUCGCCCACUGCACUCGGACACAGGAUGCUGCGCGCGCCCACCACCCCAGGGCCGCCCGUGCCCGGCCAGGGCCGUCCGCACCAUCUCUCGGUAAACCCGCCGCUGCGUCUGCCGCAUAACAGCGAGACCACCGGGCCGCCUAUCUUCUCGCCGACGGCCAAGUACAAUGCCAGCUGCAGCACGUCAACGACCCCCAUAGCAGACCGGUUCCCUGACGACUCCAUCCAGCACAGUAGCAGACCGGGGAUGCAGUCGCGCAGCAGUUACACGCAGUGGGCGGAGCCCCACGGCACCCACCGGCCACACCUGGGGAUCUACACCGACAUUGCCUCCCCAACCGGGUCCGUCACCAGCCUCAGCAGCGGCAGCACUACUGCCGUGUCGUCGUCGAUCGACGCCAUGCUGUCAUUGCCAGCUACUGCCAGCCAGCGCCACCCGCCGCUGCCCGGCGCGCGCAAGUUCAGCCAGCAGCACAUCUACACCCAGGCGCUCUUGUCGCCUACCAGCUCGCCCGACAUCCUGUCGCGCUCGGCGACCAACCUGCCGGUCCGCUCAUCGGCCGACACGAAUGUGAGCGUGGGUGCUGCGCCCAUGUCGGUUUCGCACUCAAAGUCGAUGCGCAAGAUGCCCUUUGGCAGACACAACCUGGACUCACCCGUGGGCAGCCUGUCCGAGGCCCAGGCAAUCCAGCUGCGCCCCUCGAAUGCGGAUUCGGGCCACGUCGUGGCCACACUGGUUGAUGACCCGCUAGCCCGCCGCAGGAUUCGCGACCAGCUCGCUUCCUCCACUGCUUUUGACAAGCUGCUUGAAGAAGACGAAGGCUUCACCAUGGCCAUUUCGCUGACACCAUCCAACGUCGGGGUCAACUACUAAGCGCACACAUCUAUGCACCCUCAUUCUUACUGAUACAGCCUCUCCCAACCCUCGCACCUAAUAAUAUUGCUUUUAUUUAAUCCUGCACCUGCUUUAGUAGCAGCAUGUCAUUGCAUAUGCA